GUUCUUUCGCUUGAUCUUGCUUUGCUGUUUGCAAAAAAACCUUCCUUCAUUUCCCUUGAUUUCUUUCAUUCCAAAGAAGCAAACAUGGCCGAGGUGGGACUGGCAUUUCUCUCUGCCGUCCUUGGAGUGGUCUUCGAUAAAAUGGUAUCUCCCGAAGUUGUUGACUUUAUGCAGGGAAGAAAGUUAACCGAAGGACUCCUAAGAAAAUUGAAGACAGCGGUGUUGUCCGUGAAUGCAGUGCUCGAAGAUGCAGAGGAAAAGCAACUUACGAAGCCUUUUGUGAGAGAUUGGAUUGAUGAGCUGAAAGAUACUCUCUAUGACGCAGAGGACAUCUUGGAUGAGAUUGCUACCAAAGCCUUGCGACGCAAGUUGGAUGCUGAAUUCCAAACCACUGCAGGAAAGGUUAGAAACUCCGUCUCUGUUUUCCUUAAUCCUUUUAUCCAUCGCCUAGAGCCAAAGAUUCAAGAGGUACUUGAUAGACUAGAACAUCUAGCAAAACAAAAGGAUUUUAUGGGUCUACAAGUAGGAGUACUUGGAGGAAAACAAUAUCCAGAAAGGUUGUCCGAUUCUUUUGUCAGAGAGUCCGACACUUUUGGUAGGGAUGAGGAAAAGAAAAAAGUAAUUGACUUAUUGCUCUCGUCUGAUGCGAGUGGCAAUGAAAUGUGCGUGAUUGCCAUCGUUGGCAUGGGGGGAAUCGGCAAGACUACCCUCGCUCAAUUGGUAUACAAUGAUAGUAGGGUGAAACAACAUUUCAACCUCAAAAUAUGGUUUUGUGUUUCAGAAGAAUUUGUUGUGUCCAAGGUAAAGCAAUCAAUUAUAGAGGCAGCAACUUCAUCCACUUGUAACAUUGAGGAUAUAGAGCUGCUUCAAGUUACACUACAGAAGAAUUUGAACGGGAAAAAAUUUCUACUUGUUUUGGAUGAUGUUUGGAGUGAUAAACCCAUUCAUCAGGAGUUCUUAAGCCAACUCUUGCACUAUGGGACUCUAGGAAGUAAGAUCCUUGUCACCACAAGGAAUGAAAGCGUUGCAUUGGCCAUGCACGCUAUUCCACCUCAUUAUCUAAACCAUUUACCAAAUAAUGAUUGCUGGUCCCUUUUUGAAAAACAUGCAUUUCGUGAUGGUAGCUCCAACGCAGAUCCAAAGAUAAAAGAAAUAGGUACACAAAUUGUGAAAAAAUGCAAAGGUCUACCUUUAGCAAUCAAAGCCAUUGGCGAUCUCUUGUGGUCUGAAUCAAAUGUCGAGAGAUGGACGAAUAUAUUGAAAAGCAAUUUAUGGGAUCUUCCCAUGGAGGGGACAAACAUUCUUCCAGCUUUGAUGUUAAGUUAUAAGUAUCUUCCCUCAUAUUUAAAAAGAUGCUUUGCUUAUUGUUCGAUAUUCCCAAAAGAUCAUAUUUUUGAGAAAGAUCAAUUAGUUUUGUUAUGGAUGGCGGAAGGCUUCCUGCAACAAUCCAAAAUAGAAACUAUGGAAGAUGUUGGCAAGCGUUACUUUGAUGCUCUUGUAUCAAGAUCAAUAUUUCAACAAACAAGUCGUGUAACUAACUCAGGUUUUGUAAUGCAUGAUCUUGUCAACGACUUGGCAAAUUUCGUGACUGGGCAAUUUGGCGUUACGCACUUGGUGGGUGAUAGUUCAAACGAAAUUGGGAAGAGGACUCGCUAUUUAUCAUAUUUCGAUGAAAGUUCGCAUAAAUUUAAGAAUAAGAUUGAAGAGGGUCUUUUAAAGGCCAAACAAUUGCGCACUUUCCUUUUAUUAGGAUUUUCAAAUAGAUGGUUGAGGAAAAUCAAAAUGCCAAGGACACUAUUGUGCUUAAGAGUUCUCUCCCUAGGCUAUGUUGAGUUAACUAAGUUGCCUGAUUCAAUUGGCAAGAUGAAAUAUCUACGUUAUUUGGAUGUUUCAAACGCAAGAAAUUUAAAAAGGUUGCCCGAUUCCAUAUGUAAUUUGUGCAAUUUGCAAACGUUGAAGUUAUCAGGGUGUUGGAAUUUGGAUAGAUUGCCAAGAGAUAUGAGGAAACUCAUUAAUUUACAUCAUCUUGAAAUUGAUGAAACUGACAAUUUAAAGGAGAUGCCGAUAAAAAUGGGUAGAUUAAAUUGUUUGCAGACGUUGUCAAAAUUCGUCGUCAACAAACAUGACAGUGCCAAUGGGUCUAGCAUUGGAGAAUUGAGAAAACUAAAAAAUCUUCGGGGAAAGCUUUUAAUUAUAAGGCUCCAAAAUGUUAGAACAGCCGAUGAUGCUUCGGAUGCAAGCUUGAAGGAUAAGGCUUACCUCGAGGAGUUGGUGUUAGAAUGGAAUGCUCUAGAUCAAGUAUUUGGUAUUCCGGAAAGUCAAAGAGGUGUACUUGAAAAUCUGCAGCCCCAUGAAAACUUGAAAAGUCUCUCCAUCGGGCACUACGGCGGUAGAGGUUUUCCUGAUUGGAUAGGAGGGCUUCCUUCAUUGUCUAAGGUGGAAUUAAUUGAUUGCAAAUAUUGUAGUGCCUUGCCACCCCUUGGGCACCUACCUUUUCUUAAUAAACUCUACAUUAAAGGGUUGGAUGAAGUUGUUACUGUGGGUCCAGAGUUUUAUGGAAAUAGUAGUAAUUCUUCAAUGAAGCCAUUUGGAAGUUUGAAAUUUCUGAGGUUGGAGAAUAUGUCGAAUUGGGAUAUAUGGCUUCACUCGGGUGGUGAAAAUGAAGUUGAAAUUUUUUCUCAACUUGAGGAGUUGUAUAUUAUGAAUUGCCCCAAGCUGAGAGCAAAGUUGCAUGUACAUCCUCCUUCAUUGGCCAAACUUGCGAUCAACAAUUGUCAGAACUGUGAGCUCCCCAUGGACCAACAAUUUUCAUCCCUUGAAGUAUUGUUCUUGAAGGAUUGUUGUGAUUCGCUGACGUCAUUUCCAUUAGACCUAUUCCCAAAUCUGAAGAGUUUUCGAAUUGAAGGGUGCAUGAAUUUGCAAUCUCUAGAACAACAUGGAGGUGAUUUAGUGAUAUCAAAAAUAGGAAUAUGGAGAUGUCCUAAAUUUGUAUCUUUUCCAAAAGGAGGAUUGCGUGCCCCUAACCUUGCAAUGUCUUCUCUCAAAGAUUGCGAGAGCUUGAGGUUAAUGCCGGAUAAAAUGCACAUAUUGCUUCCGUCUCUUCGUUAUUUGGAGUUAGUAAAUUGUCCAGAAGUUGAGUCGUUUCCAGAAGAGGGAUUGCCUUCCAAUCUGAAGAAAAUCAAGAUCUUGACAUGUAAGAAACUCAUUGCAAACUCAUGGAAGGAAACACUCCCCUGCAUUGAAUGGUUGAAAAUCGGCAGCGACAAAUCAGAAGAUCAUGUGGAGUCAUUUCCCGGGGAGUUGUUGCUGCCCACCACUCUGACCUAUCUUUGUAUCGAAUCAAUUGGAAAUUUGAAAUCAUUGGACGAGGGGUUUCAACACCUCACCUCCCUUGUACAAUUGGACAUCAUCGACUGUCCAAAGCUCAAGUACAUGCCAGAACAGGGCUUUUCUGCCUCCCUUCGUUUUUUGCAGAUAGAGAAAUGUGAUCGUGUGUUGAUGAAAGAGUUGAAAAGUAAAAAAGGAAAAGAAUGGCUCAAGGUGGCUCGCGUCCCCAGCAUAGCGAUUGAUGGCAGAUUCAUUCAAGUAGAUUAUGAUGAAGGGUGGUCGUCAGGUAUUUGGAGAAGUCGGUAUGAAUAUGAGGAUGAUUUUGAGUUCGAACGACUACUUUACGACGAAUGUUUUUAACAAGUUAUCGGGUACAGUCGAUUUGAUCCCUGAGAAGUGAAGAUAUUUGCUUAAAUCUUGUGUGCGCGAGCGCUAGAAGCAACCUCCUACGUACCUAAUUGCCACGCACAUUUCUAUAUGCAUUUCCGAUCCCUGAAGAGAAUGGUUUGGCAGAUGGUUAAUUUGGGAGCUAGCUGUGGAUGUGAGACCACCUUUGUGGACGUGGCAUGGCUUUAAGUUGUGGACGUGUGAUUAGAGAUUAUGAUGCUAAGUUUGUUUAUGGUUAAUUUUCUUGUCAUAUAUAUAUAUGGCUCAUGGGACAAACAUUUUUGCUCAACAUUCUGGU